AUGCUGACUGCGCUGGGCCAGAAGCUGAAGAACAGCACUUGUAGAGAAGAGGCUGAAGAGGGUCCUGAAAAUGGACUUGAGUGCAAGUGUAAUCUCCAUGCCACUGUGUGUGUGUAUGACAACAGCAAAUUGACUUGUGAAUGUGAGCACAACACUACAGGUCCAGACUGUGGGAAAUGCAAGAAGAAUUAUCAGGGCCGACCUUGGAGUCCAGGCUCGUAUCUCCCUAUCCCCAAAGGCACUGCAAAUACCUGUAUCCCCAGUAUUUCCAGUAUUGGUAAUCCUCCAAAAUUUAAUAGGAUAUGGCCGAAUAUUUCUUCCCCUGAGGUUUCUAACCCAAAACAAGUUGCUCCCAAAUUAGCUUUGUCAACAGUUUCUUCUGUUCAAGUUGCAAACCACAAGAGAGACUGUGAAUGCUUCGGCCACUCCAAUCGAUGCAGUUAUAUCGAUCUGCUAAACACAGUCAUUUGCGUGAGCUGUAAACACAACACUAGAGGGCAGCACUGUGAGUUAUGCAGGCUGGGCUACUUCAGAAAUGCUUCUGCACAGCUGGACGAUGAGAAUGUGUGCAUAGGUCAGUUCCAUUAUAAUUUCAGCUAUCGUUCUGUGCCUUUCAAGCUAUGGGGAACUAUUUAGGGUGGAGAGGCUGGUGAUUUGCACCAAGGCUGAGCCAGAAUGAACUUUCUCAAUGGAGCAAAUA